ACUCAGUUCCUCACAGUUCCUCAGAGCGUCUCGUAGAGUUCACAAACGUCCUUUAAUCCAUCCUCAAACCAAGAAGUUAAUAAAAAUGGCAAAGUUUUCCAUUCUAGUUAUUUUAGCAGCGGUUUGUGUAACCGCUUAUUCUCUGGAAUGUUACCAAUGUGUUAAUAAGUGUGAUGAUAUCACGAAGGCCACUAAAAUAAAAUGCGAUUCCAGCAAUACCUUAAAGUACACUUGCUAUAAAAAAGUCGAAAAAGAUAAAAUGUCUGGGGCAAUGAACACAACUCGAGGAUGUUACAUUAUCAGAGACGAUAAAGAUAAAGGCUAUUGCAACGUUCCGGAUCCUUCGAAAGCCGAAAGCGUUUUCUGCGAAGGUUGCACAGAAGAUUUGUGCAACACCGCAACACCUAGUUUUAACACCAAUUACGUCACCUUUACAGUUUUGGGCGUAUCAACAAUCGCUCUAAGAUAUUUUUUGUAAAUUGUUAAUAUAUAAAUAAUACAGGUGAUUAAUUUUUUUUGUGAAUUUAUUACUUUUUUUGGACCUGUACAUUUAUAAAAAAACAAAUAAUUCUAUGUACUUAGAUAAAUUUAGCUAUAAACAUUAAUUGUGGUUAUAAAAAAUUAAAUAAAAUUCAAAAAAUAAUCAAAAA